GAGAGCAGACGACAGUAACAGGAUGGGAAACGGAUUGAAAAACAUGCUUUAAAUAUUUAGCUCAAGUUAUGUUUCUUUCUGAAUGUAUAUAUAUGCGGUAACCCUUCUUCUGAGAAUUAGGUAGAAUGGCAUUGAGACGAUUCCUGAAGCACUCUCAACGAAGCGGCUAUGUCCUACCCAUCUCAGUUGUAUCAGUUGCCACUGUUGGUUCUUCAGGGAUGUGGCUCAACUACAAGAACAACAGCAAGACUAUCAAGUCCAACUGGUCAUCGCUUGGUGCAGUCAGAUUUGGAAGAGCAUUUUUUAGUGCUGCAUUUGUGGCAUUGGAUUACAAAUUCUCGUUGUUUGGUUUGGACAGGACAACGGAGAAGUACACAGAAGUUAAAUCAAAGGUUCAUCUACGGUGUGCUAAGAGGUUGUACAAUCUGUGCUGCAACAAUGGGGGCGUCUUCAUCAAGGCAGGCCAGCAUGUAGGUGCACUGGAUUAUCUGCUUCCUACAGAGUACGUCGAGACAAUGAAGGUGCUCCACAACGACGCCCCCUGCAGCGAGCUUGAAGAUAUUAAAAAGGUUGUGGAGGAGGAUCUAGGUUCAAAGGCAAAUGAAAUGUUCGUGGGGUUCUCUGAGAAGCCAGUGGGAACGGCUUCACUAGCUCAAGUACAUCAUGCUACACUGAAGGACGGGAGGUCUGUGGCAGUCAAAGUUCAACAUCCCUACGUCAAGGCUUACUCUGACGUUGAUAUGAAGACAAUUGAUUUUCUACUACGGACAGCAUCCAGGAUCUUUCCAGAGUUUGAGUUGCUUUGGCUGAGUGAAGAGAUGCAGGAGAAAUUACCGAUUGAGCUGGACUUUCUUCAAGAGGGACGUAGUGCAGAGAAAGCUUCCAAACUCCUUGGACAUUUCAAGUUCCUAAAGAUUCCAAAGGUACACUGGGAUUUGUCUUCAACUAGAGUGUUAACAAUGGAGUAUUGUGAGGGAGGAAGGGUAGACGAUGCCAAAUACAUGAAGCAACAUGGAAUCAAUGUCAACAAGGUGACUCAAGAUUUGGGCAAGAUGUACAGUGAGAUGAUAUUUGUGCAUGGUUUUGUGCAUUGUGAUCCACAUCCUGGCAACGUCCUUGUAAGAAAGACUCCUCAAGACAAGCAUGAGAUUGUUCUCUUAGAUCACGGCCUCUAUCAGGAUUUAACAGAUGAGUUCCGGAUAAAUUAUGCCAAUUUUUGGCAGUCGAUUAUGGCAGCUGAUAUAGAUGGGAUCAAGAAGUACAGCACAGCAUUGGGUGCUGGGGACAUGUACGGAUUGUUUGCCUGCAUGCUGACUGCCAGAAGCUGGGACACGGUCACAACAGGAAUUGACAAGGUUGCCCAAACUGCAGAAGAGCAAGAAGAGAUCCAGAAGAACGUUUCCAUGUACAUCCCGGAGAUCUCCAGCAUCCUCAACAGCAUCCCUCGCCAGAUGUUACUUCUCCUCAAGACGAAUGAUCUGCUCCGCAGCAUCGAAUUCGCCCUACACAGUCAAAAGAGCGCCAGCUCCUUCAUAAGCAUGUCCAAGUGCUGCGUGCGUGCUCUGGGUGAGAAUGAACGCAGGCAGUGCAAUGGUUGGUUCUGUAGCUUGAAGGUAGGAAUACGACAGCAGGCUCGGCUCUUAGCUAUCAGUGUUUAUGAGGUAUACACGUGGCUUAUCACAACAGCUGUGUAUCGAUGGAUAUCAAGGAGGACACUGAUGUCACAAAUCAUCUCGUGAGAGUCGAUAGGUUGGAGUCGAGAUUUGUUGCUCUUCAAUAAAGCUGUGCAGAAUUACUACAAAUCUUUCAACGUCAAUGCCACUGAGAACUGUAUGUAUUGAGGCAUUAUUGAGGUAGCCAUACACAUUUGGUUUGUGAAAAUACCAUGUUAAUUCUAGUCAAUAAUAUCAUGGCAUUACGAUCCUUUCUACUUUAAUAGUCUGAUUUGUAAUUCGUUUGCCCUUGGAAAAAUUUAGAAAAAGUUCUGACUAAAUAGAUCAUCUAUUAAAGUCUGCACCAUAUGAACAUGUAGUUCAGCCCUUGAGCUCCAAAUCGUUUUCCUGCUUUUUUUCAAUGAGCAAAUAUCAUGCCUGAUUAUCGCAUGGUGUUACCGCAAACCAAAUGUGGACUGGGCAAUCCUGACAGCAAAAGAUAAUCAAUAGUCAAGUGGCAGGCAGACUCUGUGCACCUUAUGAAUUGACCCUUCCCAUGAAAUAUGUCAAUUACAUUCACGCAUAGGUACAGACCCUACUGGUUGGCAAAUGCCAUAUGGUUGCGCACCAAGCAGACGCGCUAUCUCAUCUGCCUCAUGCAGCCAUUAACCGUGUACAAAACAGCAGGAUGUUCCCUCAUUUUGCCAAACAAAAUGUAGUGUGCACGCGUUAUGUGCAGUUUACAUAGUUUCAUGGGAACGGUCUAUUGUUGCAUCAUGUAACCAUCAUAAGAAGUGAAACAAUGAUGAAAAAUGGCAAGGUACGCGCGACGCACAGGAUGGGCAGAUGAGCUACCUUCUUUUAAUCUCUAUCAGGGGGCUCACUUCUCAAAGAGUUCAUUUGCAUAAGGACAAAGAAAUUAGUGUCGGCAGGUCAGUAAUUUUAAACAUUUUGUUUUUACUUUAUAUUUUUUAUUGUGUACUUGGAUGAACUGGGCCUAAUUUUAUAGAGCUGCGAGUCCAAGCUGCCUUAAUAAUAAUAAGGGGUGGGUUUUGUAAUAGAGGAGAUGUAAGCAAAGUUAAUCAGGCUCUAGGCUGCAAAAAGAAGAGGUAUGACAAUUAAAGGCAGUGGACACUAUUUGUAAUUACUCAAAAUAAUUAUUAGCAUUAAAGGAACACGUUGCCUUGGA